ACACAGAGACGCAGCGCACGACCACUCCGCUGUGUCUGCUCGGUACGGACUGCUCCAACUUGUGCGCAGAGAGGCGGAUAGAUUCAUCCAGCUCGUCCCAGAUAGCGGAUUUAAUCCACGCUCUCGUCUCUUUCUUUCCUUUUUUUUCUCCCUUUUCUCCUCCUCCUCCUCCUCCUCUGGUUUCGUAUUACAAAGCCUUGGGAGGGAGUUGCGCGGAGAGCCAGUUCCUCUGUGUUAGAAACUGAAUGACAGGAUCACAUCGCUCGUUUUGACGUGAAGUCCGCACAUUUAGGGGGAAAAAAUCUAACAUAAGAGGAGAGAGAAGCCAAAGGGAGGAUUCGUGAGGAACUGAUGAGGAUGUGGAAUAAUUUAUAACUCCAAUUCAAAAACAAACCCGAGAUAACGGAGAGAGAGGAGAGAGGGAGAGAGGGUGGACAGGAUACUGGAUCAGUCGUCAGAAACGGACGCGGAGAGGAAAGCGCAGGACGCGUUGUUUGCCCGCGAUCAUCAACACCAUCACUGGACUGAGAAGGUGGACAAAAUUUGGCAGUGCUCACUUUGGUGCCAUCCAGGUGGACAAAACGUAAAAACUGCCCUCUUCAGUGCCCUCUAAGUGGACAUCAUUUGUCCCAAUGUGACCUUCAUCUGAGUCGAGUGUCUCUAUUCAACAUUCACGAGGAAGACCGAGGCAAAACAAGUGAACGGGAGAUUAAGGAGAAAUCACACAGACGCGCGAGGGAGGAGAAGAAAAACAAGCUGCCAGGAGCCGAGCUGCUCUCUGAAGUCCCUCCAAUCAACUGAUUGAUCCGUCGAUCAAUUACUCAACGCCAGUUCUGACAAAAGGGGGCUGACAUGGGAGCCAUGGGCGGGACCAAGGUCUUGCUCCUGGUGUUUCUGGUUGGAUGGGAGAAGUCGCUGGGUCUCAACUGGAACCCCGUCCCACGCAAAACAGUUCGAUACCACGAUGUGCUGGACAGCAUGGCCAGGUUCAGCGUUCAGGGAGUGUGGAACUACAGCAUGCUGACUCUGUCUGACCACGAGAGGGUUUUAUACGUCGGAGCCCGGGAGGCUUUGUUCGCCCUGGACCCCAAUGACAUCAGCAGACAGCUACGACCACAGAUCGACUGGCCGGCUCCGCAGGAUAAGAAGAGGGAGUGUGUUGCCAAGGGGAAGAACAACCAGACCGAAUGCUUCAACUACAUCCGCUUCCUCCAGAGCUACAACCACACGCACCUCUACACCUGUGGCACCUAUGCCUUCCAGCCAAAAUGCACCUACGUGAAUGCUGACUAUUUUGCCCUUAACACUGCGGCCCUAGAAGAUGGCAAGGGUAAAUGCCCAUAUGACCCAGCCAAGGGACACACUGGCCUGAUAGUGGAUAAGGAGCUGUACUCAGCAACGCUCAACAACUUCCUGGGUACAGAGCCAGUCAUCCUGAGGAAUUUAGGCCAACAGCACUACAGCAUGAAGAGUGAAUACUUGCCAGCAUGGCUCAAUGAGCCGGACUUUGUGGGUUCAGCCCUGGUGAGGGAGAGCAGCGGUAGCAUUGAAGGGGAUGACGACAAGAUCUACUUCUUCUUCAGCGAGCGAGCGUUGGAGCUGGAGUGUGACACGGAGCUCACUGUAGCCCGAGUGGCUCGUGUCUGCAAGGGGGAUCUGGGUGGUACCAGGACCCUGCAAAAGAAGUGGACUACCUUCCAGAAAGCCCGGCUGGUGUGCUCCCUUCCCGAGCGCCACGUCUCCUUCAACAAUCUGAGGGCUGUGUUCACGCUGCCGGGCCAGGACUGGAAGGGAACAACCUUCUACGGCAUCUUUCAUGCCCAGUGGGGUGACGUGGACGUGUCUGCGGUGUGUCAGUACCAGAUCGGUGAUGUGAAGAAGGUGUUUGAAGGAUCCUACAAAGAGUACAGGGAGACAUCACAAAGGUGGGGACGCUUCGCCGGCGCUGUCCCCAGCCCACGACCUGGAUCGUGUAUAACCAACACUGACAGGGACAGCGGCUACAACAGCUCCCUGCAGCUGCCUGACGCCACACUCAACUUUGCCAAGAAGCACCCGCUGAUGGACGACAAAGCUCUGGCUCGCCCCCUGCUGCUCACCAAGGGUGUUAACUUCACCAAGCUGGCGGUGGAUCGGGUCAACGGCUUGGACCAGCGAGCUUACAACAUGCUCUUCAUUGGCACAGCGGAGGGCUGGCUGCAGAGAGUGGUGAUUCUGGGCUCCGAAGCUCACGUGAUAGAGGAGAUCCAGCUGUUUGAGAGCGCUCAGCCAGUGGACAGCCUGACCAUCUCCCACUCCAAGAAGUACUUAUACAUCGGAUCCCGCUCUGAGGUUCUCCAGCUGCCCUUGGCCAACUGCAGCCGCUAUCAGUCACAGCCAGACUGUCUGCUUGCCCGAGAUCCCUACUGCGCCUGGGACAGCGAGGGUCGCGCCUGUGUUCGCAUUGACCUCCACCGCGGUUCCACCUCCUCCCUGUCACAGGACCUCAUGCUGGAAAGGUUCAGCCGAGGAAAAGCCAAGUUCGAUAAGCCUGUCUCCAUCCCAAGCCCUGAGCACUCACGUCUAAGAAAUGUGACUGUGGUGGUGGGGUCAGACAUGGUGCUGCCUUGCCAGCUGGUGUCCAACCUCGCUCAGCCCUGCUGGGUUCUGAAUGACCGAGAGCUCCAGCUGGGGGACCCAGAGGCAGGAGGCCCUCGCUUUGACCGCACUCUAAAGGCGCUCGUCAUCCCGGAAGCCGGCCAAAUGCAAGCAGGCCGCUACGUCUGCUACUCUGAAGAGCAAGGGGUUAAGUUUCAGACAGAGCGCUACCAGGUGGCUGUAGUCGCCAGUGCUCCGGUUUUCAUGGAGGCUCGGGCUCCUGACAGCAGCAUGGGGCUCUUCUGGGUGUUGGUCAUCACUCUUGGAGCGGCGUGCCUGCUGCUUCUUGUGGCAGCCCUGUACCUGCGCAGGAGGCUGAAGCUUGCUCUGGGUAAAGGAGCAGACAUGAAGCCUCUGGAGAGCACCCUGGUUUACCCAAUCACUCUCCCCAAGGAGCCACCCACAUUUGUGCCCAGCAAGAUGCCCAGCAGUGAGGACCGCUUCUGGGAAACCGGGGCGAACUACUACUACUCAGACGGCUCGCUGAAGAUCGUUCCUGGUCACGCCCUGGGGCCCAGCAGCGUCAGCAGCACGGCGUCACCCAGCGCCAUCCCGGGCCAGCCCAUCCACUCCCCGAGCCGUCUCAGCCUCACCAACAUCCGAGGCUCAGGUAGCAAUGGCUACAUUCGCCUCAAUCUGAGCACAGCAGGGGAGGAGAGGGCUAGCGGGGCUGGCGCUGGGGGCGGCGGGCUGGGGGGCCUGGGCAUGGGCGGGAACGACUACUCCAGCCCAUUUAAAGAGGAGCUGAGACGCACUCUGCAGCAGAGAAGCGUUCUGCCAGAUGCCAACCCUGAGGAGUCGUCUGUCUAGGCUGGUCCUCCUCCGUCUCUGUUUCCUGAGUUGGAAAAACAAAACAACCAACCUACCUCCCUCUUUUUGAGGACGCCUGCUCUCUCUCUUUUUCAGUGACAUGCUGUCAACUCCCCACGCUCUCUCUCUCUGCCAAUGCCUGUCUGGCUCACUGUAGACAUUUAUAGCACACAGCAUGUUAAAUACCCACACUCAUACUCGGAGUUCAUCACUCCUAAUAUUGUUGUGUUCCAAGCAACAUGCUGUCAUGUUUGUGGCUUAUUCUCCUUCCACUGUGCAAUCGCCACAUGUGUAAAUUUUGUAUUUAAAGAGGCUGAACGCAGAGGAGAACACCUCAAGCAUGGAAAUCAAACAUGUUUUCUGAAGGGCACAUUUCUUUCAAAGCUUUUAGCCCCCGAGCUGAAGCCAGAUGAACGACAAAAGUACCUGACUGGAAAUGUUGAACUGAUUCUCUGUCCUUCUUUUCCUUUGAGACUUUUUUCAGCUUACUGCACUUAAAAAACUGGAAGCGUGUCUUCCCUUUUUGUACUCGUGAGCCGAGAGUGUGAGAGCGGUAUUAAAAAAGACUAAUUAAUCUCGAAGCAAGACGACAAUCAUGUCCCCGUAGCAGGAGCUCUGCGUGGGACCGAGAGGAGAAGAGAGAGAGCGAGAGACAAAGAGAGAGGAAAUUAAAUGGAAAAUGAAGUGAAUUGGAGUGAAAGACACAAGGGGGUAUUUGAAUGAAGGACAAUCUCUCAAGACUUUCUCUGCUCAAUUUGUUAUUUUUUCUCCCCUAUGUUGUAUUUACCCCCAGAGAAAGUCCCCGAUCCCCUCCACUUUAAUUUGUUGUGACGGUUGGUUUGAAUUAAGACAUUUCUUGUUGUUCUUUUUCUGUGUCUUAUGGACUACAACAGUGUUCAAACGGUUAUCAAGUGACUAAUGGCUCCCCUCUGUGAAUGACAAUGUGAGGGCAGGCGCUUACAUUCCUCGUUUUGCCCCGCACGGUGACCUUCAUACGCACCUUCAAGUCCAAUAUACUACAAGUGCACUCCAAAUGACAUUUAUUCAGCUGCAGUGUGUAACAAAUAUGUGUUUGGUUGAGCCCUUGUGGGUGUUUGUUCAUGGCUUUAGAACGAAACGGCUAUUUGCAUUCAGCUCUUUGCAGCGGAACAGAAACUGCACACUUAAUCCCAAAUUGAAGCUGACGUGAAGACAUUAGGCAUGGAGAAUGUAGUUGAACCCUCACUGUUACGACCGCUGUGGAUGUCUCAAUAAGUGCUUUAUAUCUUAUGUGUAUGGUGAGGGUGGUAACUUGCACUGCCAAGAAGGAAACUUGCCCUCCCACACACACUCACAGACUCUCAGUCCUCUGAAUGCCAACCAUCCUGGACUACAGUGUGUUUUUGAUGCACCCCCCAUGGACCCCUCCCCUUACACCGAUGCCCAGAGAAUGACCCGGGGCUGCUGUGGACUUAAACAGAGGAUGAGCGCUGUACAACACACUGACACUAAGCGAAGGCUUACACAGUGUUGAUGGAAGAAUGGGCGGACAGACGCAUCACUGCUGUGCUGACUAACUACUGGCUCCAGGCAUGAAGCUGCAGUGAACCAGUGAAAGGGUCGGCUUUAUGAUUUCAGGACGUGUCUGUCGGGACCAGAGGAGCCCAGCACGAAGGCUGGGGAGGACAAGAAACACUCUGUUUUCCCUCCACUGUGUACAGAGCGCUGUGAGAGAUGUAGAAUAUCAAAAUGAUCCCAAGGUUGAAGAGGUACUCAGCCAUCAGCACUCCAUCCUAGUGUUGCAUGAUCCUCUGCAAGUGGACUGUACAUCUUUGAUAUGAUCAUCCUUGUACAAGUGUUUCAUUUUGACCAGUUGUUUUUGGACUUUAACAGACACUAAUAUGUGAAACACUAAUGCUCUCUUUGAAAAAAAAAAAACACUAAAUAUGUCUGAUUUUCUGGUUCAAGGGUUGUACAGGAAUUCAUGGCUGCGUUUCAACAUGUUUACUUUUUCUGUGCCUCUUCACUUUUUGGAUAAGCCAAAGUAGACUGCAGUUGCUUUUGUUCUUGUUGAAAUUCUUAAAUUAAUUUUAUUUGAUUCUAGAUCAAUAUUUAAGUCUUGGCAGUCCGUCCACUUUGCUACACUGAGCUGAUGUCUGCAUAUUUUCUGAAUUUAUUUAUCUGCAGCUAAAUUCUCCCUCAAGCAAGACACAAAAACGCUUAGGGCUAAUCAACUUCCUUUUUGCUUUCUGUUUUUGAUCUGCCAGCUCCAAUUCUUUUUCCCCCCAAUUUAUGAGAUAAUGAACCAAAAAUAUAAUCAUUGUUUGAUUUGUCUGCCCUAAAAAACCAAAUAAGUAUCCUUUGAUUCAAAAGACAUUGAUAAUAGAAUGGAUCCACUUUAAUGAGGGAGAAAACAAAUGAACUCAUUACACUGGUACUCAAACGCUCUUUAAAGAUUCCCCCUUUUCAAUUGGGUUCUUGUCUUCAGAUGACAUGUUACAAAAACUACAAAGAUGAAGAAAAAAAGGCCUCAGCUUAUUAAAAAUGCAUGUUUAAUGUAGUUUAUCUGCAUUUUUUUCUGUUCUUUUGCAUUUGUUUUGCUUGUAAUAUUUCCUCUCACACAAGGCUUUAAGUUCUGCUUCUUUCCUUUGCAUUUUUUUUGUAUUAUAUGAUUAUCACCCGGAUUCUACUUUGCCCCUAUUUUUGCCUGUCUUGUAAUUGACCUUUAAUGUUUUGUUUUAAAAUAUGUUAAGUAACUUAUUUCACUUGUAAAAACAUGUUGAUAUUUAUUAUCA